UGCUUCAGACGCCUUGUUGUCCUCGGAAGGACCCUUAUUCCAGCAUGGCGGCGUCCAUGGCAGUGUGCAGUGUCCUCCGCAUCUCCGUCGGAGGAGCAGCACCGCUUCGUACUGUCUGGGGAGCCGUUCAGGUGUCUCACUUUACAACUCGAGCCUCAGCUGCUUCCCUCCAAAGACAUCCUCCACCUCCACUCUUCCCUCCAACAGCAUGGCAGCAAACCAGGCAUGGCAGCUUCUUCAACAAGUUGACAGCAGAGGAAUUGUGGAAAGGUGUGUUGGCCGAGUCCGGUGCCGGAGCCCGAAAAGGUCGAGGGAAACGAACCAAACGUAAACUCAAGAGAGACCUGAACCGAGGACAGGUCAUCGGAGAAGGUCGUGGUGGUUUUCUGUGGCCCGGUCUGAACAGUCCCGUGGUGAAGGACGGUACUGUGCAGAAUAUGAGUCGAAGAGGUGACGCUGAGCAGCAGGAGAUCCGAGCUGAACAAGUGCGUAGGAGGGAUGAGUGGGAGAUGAAGAUGAAGACGAAGGUGAAGAGGGAGAGAGGCUGGACGGGAAACUCCUGGGGAGGCGUCAGUCUGGGGUCCCCCGACCCUGGACCCAACGGAGAAACCUAUGAGGACUUUGAUUGUCGUGUCAUUGAGGUUAAGAGUGUGUUCAACAUGACGGCCAAGGAGGGCAGGAAGAGGUCCAUCAGCUGUUUGGUCGCCGUGGGGAACGGAAACGGAGCCGCAGGCUUUGCGUUGGGUAAAGCACCCGAUAGAUACACAGCUCUGAGGAAGGCCAAGAACAGAGCCAUCCACUACUUGUACUACAUAGAACGAUACAACAACCACACCAUUUAUCACGACAUUCAGUCCAAGUACAAGAGGACGACGCUGCGCAUAAAGAAGCAAAACGAAGGUUACGGUCUACGCUGCCACCGAGCCGUCAUCACUCUGUGCAAACUGAUCGGCAUUAAAGACAUGUACUGCAAGGUAGAGGGAUCUGUCAACCUGCUCAACAUCACCAGAGCCCUCUUCACUGGAUUAGCCAAUCAGGAAACCCACCAGACGCUGGCCGACAGGAAGCACCUCCACGUUGUGGAGUUUCAGUCUCAGCGAGGUCCGCUGCCGAUGGUGGUGGCGAGUCCCAAAGAUGGAGCUCGACCCGACCCGGAGUCCAAGGACGAGAUCCCGAACACCCGGCUGCACUGGGACGACGUUAAAGCCGUGCAGGGAAGCAAACGCUCGAUCUGGGCCAACGUCAAACACACCAUCUGGUAGAGGUGGGUCAGUGUUUGGAUCAGAAAACAGAACAGGUGAUUGGACCGAUGGAAACCAGGAGAGUCAUUGGAGAUCUGACUUUUGACUCUGGAGCAAGAACAAUUUGUUUUCGUGAGAAUCUCCACGUCUGGUAGAUUCACUUUGUAAAUGUCAGUUUUGUCAACAGAGGACUAAAGCUGAAAAUGUUUCUGAAUAUGGUGAGAUCGUAACAUCUCAGAUACAUCCUGUAGAGGCCCAGAGCGCUACGAGUGUUGAAAACAUCCUGAUCCAUGUUGCUAAAUACUGUAUGUGCUAAUGAAAUAAAGUAUAAACCUUUACAAACCA